AUGGCUGCAGCUCGUCCUGUCGGAAUCGCUGUGUGGGAAUGGUUGAACGAAUUCGGUCGCUGGAGACCAUAUGAUCCUAAUAUAUGUGACUUUAUUGAACAGAGGAAAUCAUCUUCCUUGCAUAUACAUCUUGGUGGGGCUGAUCCGACACUUGUAAAUUACACAUUGGAUCUACAAAACUUGAUACAAAUUCGAGCUGGAACAGGAACUAAACGUAUGGUUAGGAGAAAGGUUUACCCAAUGCAAUCAGCAGUUGCACAAGGGAUCCGUUGGCAAUGGGAAGACAAUGCACCGGGACGUUACCACGAAUAUGAUUUUGAAAUAACAUGUUACAUCGAAGAUGCAUACCAAAAUAAAAUACCACUUAUAGAUUUAAGUAUGACUCAGUUCAAUCUGCCAUAUACGUUGGAUUUAACUCGCAUGACUCAAACAAGAAAUGAGACAAGAAAUAAAAGACAUAUAAAACGAAGUAAAAUUGUAAACUCUUAUCAUUUGGAAUAUGCAAGCAAUGGUCCUCAAUUGUCGGGGAACGUGACUUCUAAUAGUGGACGAAAAUUCAAUGGUGCUAUGACAGGUGGUUCGUCAACAGCUGGUUCUGUAUCUGGUAGUGUCUCGUCAUUGAAACACACCCAUAGUGAUUCAGGGGACUCGGAUAAUGGUCAAGCUAAGUCACUUAAACCAAAAAAGAAAUCAACAAAAACAGUUUCCAGUACAAAAUCAAGUUCAAGUUCAAGCAUUCCGCCAGUUGCUGUUGGGCCACCUAAUCCACAUGGAGCAAGUUCAAAUAGUAACAUUCUCACCCGGAGUCAAGUACAUGGACUAUCUUCUGCAGGAAGUAGUUCCGGUAGCGCCAGUUUCCAUGGCAACUUGACAACUGGUUUACAGCCUGGUAUGCCUUUGAUGUCAAGCAGUAUGUCAAUGCCAGCUGGUGUGGGACAGUUACCUAGUCAUAUUAGUUUACAACAAGGCCACAGAUUCCUUGGUCGCCAUAUUAGCCCUGCAAUAACAGGUGUUACAAAUACACUGGUGAAUCCUCUCUUACCAGUUGUGCUGAGUGCACCCCAACCUCCAUUAUAUCACCCUCCCCCAGCAUCUAAGUCAACCAUGAAACCUGUGCAAGGAAUAGAGGGCACUAAACGCAAAAAUACUGGAAAACAGAAUCUUGAGGCUGGAGACGUCAUGAAAAAGUAUGUGGUUAAAGUCAAGUCCCCUCCCAAUGAUGAGGAUUGCUGUAUUUGUAUGAGUCGUCUCUCAGCAAACUCUGGAUACGACGAUAGUUGUACCACAGUGUACCAGUUAAAGAAAUGCACCCACAUGUUCCACAAGUCUUGUAUAGAGGCCAUGUAUAGCAGUGGGUCUAAAGACGGCCAUGUGCAAUGUCCUACAUGUAAAACCAUAUAUGGUGAAAAAUAUGGCAAUUGCCCACCUGGAAAGAUGGAGUUUCAUACUCUCCCCCAGUCUGUACCAGGGUAUCCCGGCAGUGGAACAAUUCGGAUUAUCUACUCCAUACAUGGUGGUAUACAGGGUCCAGAACACCCUCAUCCUGGCCAAGCGUUCUCGGCAAGAGGUUUUCCACGGCAUUGUUAUUUACCAGACAGUGAAGAGGGCAGAAAGGUGCUAAAGCUAUUGAUAGUUGCUUGGGAGCGGAGGCUGACCUUCACUAUUGGAAGUUCCACAACUACAGGUGAAGGCAAUACAGUCACUUGGAACGAAAUACAUCACAAGACAGAGUGGGGGUCUAACUCCACAGCACAUGGGUACCCUGACCCUAACUAUUUAACAAAUGUUUCCAUGGAGCUCGCUGUACAUGGGGUAACUGAAAGUGAUAUUAGUGAAUAA